AUGCCUCGCAUCAACAUCAAUCUGGAGGUGCUCAAGUUUGGACUCUAUAUCAUGUUUCCAGUGGGUGUUUUAUAUGUCUAUAACAAACCUGAAAUCAUGAGCUACUUUCCUUCUACUCAGGAUGAGCUGGAUUUAGAUCGCAAAGAAAACCAAAAAGUCAUGUUUAAAAUACCUAGUUCACAUGAAGAACUUGGUCAACAAAUGGAGAUUAUUCGACGAAAUGCUGCAUUGAAAAAGGCUGCUGCCUUGAAAGCCUCUCCUGACUCACAGGAUCAAUCAUGA